AUGGAAGCCAUGAUGAAGAGAUAUGGUGUCACACACCAGAUAUCAACCGCUUAUCAUCCACAAAUAAAUGGCCAAGCCAAAGUGUCAAAUCAAGAAGUCAAACAAAUUCUUGAAAAGACGGUCAACACCACACGGAAAGAUUGGAGCUUGAACUUAGAAGAUGCAUUGUGGGCGUAUCAGACCGCCUAUAAAACCCUAAUCGGCAUGUCUCCCUUCUGCCUUGUCUAUGGAAAGUCUUGUCAUUUACCGGUGGAAUUGGAAUACAAAGCAUAUUGGGCGGUUAAAAAGUGUAACUUCAAUAUCGAAGAAACCGGGAAGCACCGAAAGAUGUAA